AUGGCGGAGCUGAAGCUGUCACGCGAUGACAAGCCGGAGCGAAAGUGGAUUGAGAACCCCUUGACUUGGUGGCAGGGAACGAGCUACGCGUGGAACAGGAAGAUCCCACUAUGGACGGGCUCGGGUGAGGCGGAGGGGUUGUCCGAACUCUUCGUGGACAACUUGGGCUCCUUACUGGGUACCACGGGCGCGUGUGUGGGCCACAUCGGCUAUGGCAUUGUUGGCACGAUGGGUGCCUUCACUGCUGUGGCCAUGACCGAUGGCUCCACCUACGCCACAGCCGUGGCCCAGGAAUGGGAGAAGGUUUACUUCUCGCGAAACAUCCCUGGCUGUGCCUUUGCUUUGCUGUUGGGCAACCUCUACUACGCGUGGCAGUGUGGCCGCCUGGGCAACAAGGAAGAUCGAACCGACGUCACCGCCCAGCCCUAUGGCAUCAACACCACGGGCGUCUACAUCACGCUCUAUGCCAUCAACCUGGAGGCGCUGAUCUCCGCAGGUUUCUUGUUUCUCCCGGCUGCUGGUGCCACGGACGCCGACAUCCGCACGGCCGCAGUCAAUGCUGCCGACCAUGCCUGGAAGGUGUCUGUGGCCGCUAACUUCCUCUUGGGCAUUUUUGAGAUGCUUGGAGCUUUCUUCGGGGAGUCCAUCCGCAAGGCGGCACCUGCGGCUGCGUUCUACGCACCCAUGGUUGGCGUGGGUUUCGUGUACCUUGGCUUUGUGCCCAUGCUGAACAUUGCAGCAGAGCCCAUGGUUUGCCUGAUCCCGCUCCUCAUCGUGUUCAACGGCUUCUUCGGUGGGGUCCGGUACCACAUCUUCAGGAAGCUGACUUUCCCCAUUGGCCUGCUUGCCAUCCUGGCCGCUGCCAUUGCCGGAUGGUCCGGUGGUUGCGCCCGUGAGGGCGGCACGCUUGGUGCCACGAACUAUGGAUACACGCUGCAGUACUUUGACACCACAAAGGUCACUUGCACUGGCACUUCACAGACAGAAGCCCAGCGUGCAUGGGACACCUACGCUUUCCAAGACAAUGUGCUUUCAGGUGCGGUCUUUGUAGGCCUUGGUGGGUUCUCUGAGAUUGGCAGCUUCAUCACCACACUGUUCUUGGUGGGUGUGGUGGGCUUCGUGGGGACCAUGAGCUGCGUGGAGAGCGCCUCGGCAGCAGGCGACGACUACCCCAUGGCAGAGACAAUGAUUGUGGAUGGUUUGGGCACCUGCUUUGGCGCACUCUUCGGAUCCUUCUACUCCACCACAGUGUACAUCGGGCACCCCAUCCACAAGUCCCUCGGCGCAAGGCGUGGCUACAGCCUCUUCAACGGCAUCCUCUACUUCAUCCUUCUCCUCAGCGGGGUGUUCGCUGCGCUGUACCAGUCCCUGCCCGAAUGUGCCAGCGGCGCGAUCCUGGUCUUCGUUGGGUUGAUCUUGGGCCGCCAGGCAUUUGAGGAGACGCCGCCACGUCACUACCCCGCCCUGCUGCUCAGCCUUUUCCCCUACCUCUGCAAUUGGGCCAAGCUGAGCAACAUGAACGAGGGCAUCCAAAUGAUGGGCCAGGGUGGCGGCAUGAUGUUCAGCGUGGCCACCGUGCUCUCCUUCGUGGCCAUCUGGCUCUCUCUCUUCGGCUUCUUUGCCAGCCACAACGCGCCUAACGACACUGUUCCCCCGACAUUGGGCAACGAGAAGAUCGGCUUCUAUGGCAAAGAGGACCACGAGUACAACAACGGAUGGCGCUGGGCAGUCUCUUGGAGUGUGGCAACGGUGUUCUUCGCUGCGCACGUUGGCUUGCAGAAGCUGGGGAAGGUUGACGGCCCCUUUGAGCUCAAGGAUGCGGAGGCGAAGGAGGUUAAGGAGAGCAUGUAG